AUGAAGGGGGUUGGCGGCCUUGGUGAUGGCGCGCAGUGGGGAGUCGAGCUUGGUGAUGGCGAGCAGGGGGGUCUCGGGCUUGGUGCCGGCACGCACGGGGGUGGCGGCCUUAGUGAUGGGGCGCAUGGUGGUGGUGGCCUGGGAGUUAGCGCGCAGGGGGGUGGCGGCCUUGGAGAUGGCGCGCAGGGGGGUGGUAGGCUGGGUGAUGGGGUGCAGGGGGAUGGCGGGCUUGGUGAUGGGUUGCAGGGGGUGGCGGCCUUGGUUAUGGCGCGCAGAGGGGCGGCGGCCUUGGAGAUGGCGCGCGGGGGGGUGGCGGGCUGGGAGAUGGGGUGCAGUGUGGCGCAGGGACGGGGUUGGGACGGGGAUGGGGCGGACGAGGAGGGUCCGGACAUGGGAGGGGCAAACGUGGGGGAGGCGGACGUGGGGGAGGCGGACGUGGGGGAGGCGGACGUGGGGGAGCCGGACGUGGGGAGGGGGGGCGUGGGGAGGGCGGGCGUGGGGAGGGCGGACAUGAGGAGGGUGCGCGUGGGGAGGGCAUACGUGGGGAGGGCGCACAUGGGGGGGGGAGGUAAUGGGGCUGUGGGUGCUGGUGGCGGAAGUAGCCAUCAUGCGGAUCCGCGGAGUCCCGCAAGUGGGCCGUCCUGGUACGCGAGUGGGGCAGCGGGGCAACUGCUGCUAUUCAGCAUCAUCACUGCUACGGAUUGUACCCUCACACACAAAUUCCCUCAUGCGUCCCCACAAUUACCCCAACAGAACGGAGUGAGUGGGCCGUUCUGGUAUGCCAGUGGGGCAACGGUGCAGGCGCUGCUGUUUGGCAUCAUAGUAGUGGAGAUCAAACCACAUGCCUCUUACACUAAUUCCCCCACACCCACACACACACUCCCAUCAGAACGGGGAGAGUGCUGGCCGUUCUCGUAUGCCAGUGGGGCAACAGUGCAGGUGCUGCUGUUUGGCAUCAUAGCAGUGGAGAUCAAACCACAUGCCCUCUUACACUAA